AAUAUUUUGUAUCUGUGGAAGAUAUUCUAACAGCUUCUCUCAAGUUUGUUUCUUUUCUUUUGUAACAAUUGCUUUAAUUUUCUAAUAAUUUGAUUUACCUCUCUGUAAUUAACUCCUAACAACUAGGAAUAUUAUUGCGGAAAAAUGUCUUCACCGGUUGAAGAAAGCGUUCGACGCAACAGUGAGAGUGAAAAUGGUGAGGCGGAGACACCUGAACACGACCCACAUUUUGAGCCUAUAGUUUCUCUGCCGCUGGUUGAUAUCCAUACAAAUGAAGAAGAUGAAGAAGAACUGGCGAAAAUACGCGCCCGGCUUUAUAGAUAUGAUACUGCGGACCAUGAAUGGAAGGAGCGUGGAACUGGUGAUAUUAAACUGUUGCGUCAUACUGGAAACAAUACAGUGAGAGUUGUUAUGCGUCGUGACAAGACGUUAAAAGUAUGUGCCAACCACUUUAUAACACCAGACAUCAGGAUGAAUGUACAUUGUGGCUCUGAUAAGGCAUUCAACUGGUCUGUAUUUGCUGAUUUUGCAGAUGAAACAAUGAAACAGGAAUUAUUGGCUAUUAAAUUUGGAAAUCCACAAAAUGCUGAACUGUGGAAGACCAAGUUUGCGGAGGCACAAGAGAUUGUCAGGACCAAGUGCAGUAUCUACACCCAAGACCUAUCAUCUGACUCUGACGAAGAGAGCAGUAUCACACAAAGUGAAGACACUGACACUCCAGAGCCAAAGAGUGUAGACAAAACACUGGACGAUGACUCCAAGAAAGAGCUUACUGACGACAAAGGCUCAGAUGGCAUUGUAAUAAAAUUAAAAGAACUUAAUGUGCAAAGUGAAAAAUCUGAGUAAUAAUUUUAACUUGUUGUUUUUAAUGAAUUAAUAAAAUCUAAUAAAUUCCA